AUGAUGGUGGCGGAUAUGAUUUCCUUGGCGCAAACAGAGAAAAGUUACGAUCCAUUUAUUCUGGAAGAAUUUGAAACGGCCAAGCUCAAAAUCAAACUAGGAACAUUAGAAGAAACCAUCACAGGAGCUUCCGGAGUCGGGGAUGAUAUCGUGAAAGAAGAAAUCCGCGAAAAUGGCCUGGUAGCGAAUCUUUUUUACCCAGAAAAUUGCAAAACAGCUCCAGGAGUGCUGCAUAUCAACGGAUCAUUAAAUCAUAUUCAAGAUGCACGAGCAAUAAGACUGGCAAGAGAAGGUUUUGUUGUGAUGGAAGUCGGUUACAAUGUUCAGAAAUACGGGAAUGAAAACUUCAUGAAGAAGAACCUCCUUUCAUUGGAGUACUUCGAAAGCGCCGCAAAAACUCUUCUCGCGCAUGAAAAAUGCUACGGGGAUCGUCUAGCUGUUGUUGGCCAAUGCAAAGGAGCUGACAUCGCACUUGGCUUUGCAUCAAUCUGCCCGGAACUUGUCGAGCUCACUGUCACUCAAGCGGGCUCAAUUCCAGCCCCAAUCGCGUGUGACUUAUCCUAUGGAAAUAACAUCUUCAAAAAGAUGGAGUUGGCGGCGUCGGCCGAUAGUUUGCCGCUUGUUACGCAUCUUUUUACAUUCACAGAUGAUGGAUUCAUUAGCCCGACUUGGGGAACAUUCGGAGUUCUUCAUGGACCCGACGAUUUUCUUUUCAAAAUGGAUGAUGAAGAAAAAUGGCAAAUAAAUUACGAUGAGGCGGCGAAAAUCAAACAGACAGGAUUUCCGCUCAAGAAUAUUCCGAAGAUCUUCCACUUUCAGCCACUUGAUGAUCCUCAUCUUGCCCCGUCUCAAGCUCAUUCAAUGGAAAUCUCUGAGCUCUUUUUAGAAGGUCUACCGAAUGUUCAAAAACUUGACUUUCUUCAUUCCGGACACAUGGCUGUUUUACCGGAAGUUCCUGUUGUUACGCAAUCUGUGAUGGCAUACGGACCCUUGAAAUUACUCGUCAAAUGGAGCAGGAACGAAACAAAGGAGCAAAAACUCAAGGAAGCUCAAGAACACAGAAGACUGUUUGAUAAUAUAGUUUCGAUCCUAAAAGAAAACAUGUAG